GGAAAUAUAGUUGGCUAGAAAUCACAUUUGCUUUUUCACUAAUAACAUGUGAUCUCAAGCAAGUUGAUACUGUUUUAACUUUUUUAUUUUAAUUCAUUCCUGCUUCCUCAAGUACAGCUUAAGUGUAUUGACUGACAAGUUGAAAAUAUGUAGACUAUAAAUACAAAAUGUGAAAUAAUUUGAGACUGAUGCAGACAAGAAAAGGAAGUGAUGAAAAUGGAGCCCUCUAAUAGCUGUAUUGAGAGCACUUACUUCAUCAUCUGUUAAAUAAAAGUCGAAAAUGUCCCAAAAAAAAGUGAUCAUAAUAAAUCAAAAUGUGAAUAAAAUAGACAAGAAGGAGUUAAGCCAUUAGUAAGACAUUUUGAUCAAAAGCCAGGCUAAAAAUGAAGGUCUUUAUGUUUAGACGUAUCAGUGCUUUUACUUGAUCUCAUUUCCUCAGCUUGUUCCACAGUUUGGAGCAUGAAAACUAAACUCUGACUAAGCAAAAGUUUCUACACUGACUUUUUGAAACACUAAAGGAUCAAAUGUAGCUAAAUCUUACAUCUGUUUGGUUUAUAUUAACAUUCUUUUACAUUUUCUGUAGAACUUUACUUAAGCCCCAGCGUUAUCCACUGCAGCUCACCCUCCUAUCCAAACAAAUACAGAUUCAAUUUCUCCUCCCACGCAUUUGACUCGGUCAUCGGAUGGACUUUUGACGUCAUUCCCACCUGCCGCUCCGUCCGAAGGUCCCUGUAUACUAGUCUGGCACCAUCUAGUCUGUCAUAUCCCGUAAUCCUCUUCUCCAGGUCUUGUUCUUAGGCAAACCAGACUGUGAGUGGGUAGGCCUUACAUUCCUCUUGCGGCUUUCUCUUUUCCGUCUCCCUCUUCUCUCUGCUUCUUCCAAGGCAUUCCAGAUGUGGGUUAGCUUGGCUCCAAAGCAGCUAUCCCUCCAGUUUCAAAUGAUAACAAAGACCAGAGUUGUUACAGUACCACUGCCGGCUGAGCCUGCCACUGCUUUUCCAUUUGACAGGACAGACUUCAUGACAGCUACUGCUGCUCUGGACAUCUCUACCCACCAGGAUUACACUGACAUUGUGGCUUUAAUAUGGGCUUGAUUGUUUUUUUGGAUGAGCUUUUGAGGAAGCAGACAGUGGAAGGGACACAAGGUCAUCACUCUGCUGAGUCCACACCUCCUGCUCUCUAUAGGAUGACUGAGGGAGAUGUUACAGUGCUGCCAUUCGGACCAGCAACUUUGGAUCUGUCCAAGCAGGAGCAGCACACCCUGACCAGACUAUACAGUAAGAAUGGAGGAUAUCACCUGAGGAUUCUACCAGAUGGAACCGUGAGCGGUGGGAGGCAGGAAAAUGACCCCUAUGAUAUCCUGAGGGUGAAGGCUGUGAGUGCAGGAGUGGUGGUCAUCAAAGGUGAAGUGACAGGACGUUACCUGGCCAUGAACAAAAAUGGACGCCUCUAUGGAUCACAAGCACUGAAUGAUGAGUGUUACUUCCUGGAGACGUAUGAAGAGAACCACUACAACACGUAUCGCUCUCAGAAGUACAGCUGGUAUGUUGCCUUGAAGAGGAAUGGCCAGCCCAAAGCAGGACCAGACACCCACCAGGGUCAGAAGGCCAUCUUUUUUCUGCCACGCUCUGCAGGCAACAUGUAAACCAAGACGGCACCAGGAACCGUGGACAGGCUCACAAAAGUUUUUAAUGCACAUUAUUAGUGCUAUAAAGGUCACUUAAAAUCAACACAUGCCAGAAAAGCCUGAGGCAAAUGCAUAAUGCUGUUUCACAGUUAUUUCAAGCUCCGUUAUUCCAAAAAAAAUAACCAAGAUGAUUCUUCUUUGUGUUGGGAACUUGAGAUCAGAUUAUUCCAGCCCAUGUAAAUAGCUUAUACCUGUUCAUCCUAUGGAUAUUAGCUGAUAGACAGAUUGCUCUCCCCAUAUACUUCUUCUCACUGCAGGCAGAAAAUAUGUGAAGAUCGGUGCAUGUCAGUCUUGAUAAAUGGGCGCUCACUUUGAACCCUGGUUUGAAAUUCCACUGCUGGGAGAAAAAAAUAGACAAGUUUUACACCAAAAUACUUCUGCAAUUGAUCACGUCUGGCAUGGUGGAAAAGAAGAAAGAAGCAAUAAAAAUUAAAAAGCCAACCAUCUGGCUUUGGAUUCACAUUGAAAUACUUUCUUAAGGGCUACAGUAUGGGGAAUAAUAGCAGUGAUAUCAUUAAUUCUAACAAAGCAGUUAUGUAUAGUAGGAUUACUUCAGUGCCUUGCUCAGUGGUUCUUCAGUAGGGUGGCUGUUUGCUGACUUUUGCAUGACUGAGAGUGUGCUAAAGUCUUUUUGACGCCCAUUUCUGUGACCACUAUGCAAACUAAAAUUUAAAACAUCACAAGUGAAUUUUUAAAGUUAUGGUAUAAACAUUGUGGUGGAGUUCUUGAAAGCAGCACCCUUGUUGAUGACAGUUAGCAUUGAUAAAAGUGAAACAUUUGUAUUACUGAUAAUUAUAUUGUGUUUUUAUGCUGUUUUUUCUUCAAGUCAGAUGUGAAAAUGUUGUCUCAGUGAUCAGUGAAGUUGCUAUUUCAGUGUAUAUUUAGGCAAAAAAGGAACCAGAUGUGUGAAAUUUUUGAUUCCACUGAAGAAACCUGCUAAACCUUUAUGUCCUGGACCACAGAGUCUGCAAACCUAAUUCCAUUUUUUUUUUGAAAAAACAUAUUACUGUAACAUUAUACUAGGUUAAAUUGCUAUUGUGAAUAUUUAUUUUUAAAGUUUUUUUUGAAAAUAACAUUUAAUUUCACUCAACCUUGUAGCAGAUGUUUAUAAAAAAUAAUUUAUACAUACACAGUGGAGGAGCAAAAAGGUAACUUGAUCACCUUUUUCACCAAGUAAUACAUAUUGUAUCAAGUGUCAUUAAAUGUAUGAAAUAAAUAAAUCAUUGUUAUUA